AUGCAACGCGCCUCGCCGUCAUCAUCGCCCUCAUCUGCCGCCAAUACACCCGUCAAAUCUUCACAACCAGCAUCACCCGCGUCACCACUAUCCACACCCGGCCCAUCAUCGUCGACGCUCAUCCCUGGAUCGCCGUCUUUCGGAGCAGAGGAAGAGCAGUGGUCGUUGAGUCCAGCUGCGAUAGCGAAGUUGAGAGCGAAGGCAAGGGGACAAUCGCAAAAGGCGGAAGCCAAGGGUGUGAGCAUCUCGCAAGAGGCUGGAUUUGACGCUUGGUUGAUCGAGAGGGAAAAACAGCCUACGAGUGGUGAAGGGAAGAAUCAAAGUGCAAGACAGACGUUCGGAAAGCUGGGGAAACAGAAGGACGAAGACGAGGAACGGGAAGGCAAACAGGAUUCGAAGAAGCGUGCAAGAGGCACCAAAGAGGAGCACGGCCAGGAACCGGACUUUGAGGAAUCUGAAGACAGCGACGAGGAGCUAGAAAAUCCGAAAGGAUUUGUGAAACCAGGCUCGAUCAAGGGCAAGAAGGACGAGAAAAAGCGAGAGGGCGAUUCAUCAUCGCCGAACAAGAAGGCCAAGAAGAACGCAAAGGCAGGCAAGGAUCAGGAUAAAGUGGUAUUCGCACGCAAACGUGGUGGUAAGCUCGGGAUAUCUGGAGGUGGACGCUGA